UUAAAAGUAGAAAGGUGUGUUGAUGUUGGUAGUGUGAAUGGUUGGUAAAAGUCAACACCAAGUUCAUGACGUAUAACACUGUAGUUUUGGAAAGUGGAACGUAGUUUUCUAUCAUUUUGGUUAAGUGUAAUUAAAAAUAUGAAUCGAAGUGAUGGUCUUGUUCAAAGACGAAAUGUAUCGCGAGAGAAUGGAGCUAUCUCUAAAGAUUCUCAAGAGUCAGACGAAAAGAAAUCGGAACGUGAAGAAGAGGUAGAAGAUGGGGAUUCAAAAGAGACGAGACUGACACUUAUGGAAGAAGUUUUAUUGUUGGGCUUGAAAGACAAAGAAGGCUAUACUUCGUUCUGGAACGACUGCAUAUCGAGUGGAUUGCGAGGCUGCAUACUGAUCGAGCUGGGCCUGCGUGGGCGGGUGGAACUGGAGAAGGCAGGCAUGCGGCGGAAGAGCUUACUUAACCGCAAGGUGGCACGUGAAGAGAGACGCCCACCGGGGGAUGUUCUGCUGGACGAAGCACUGAAGCACAUGAAGGAGACGGAUCCACCAGAGACUGUUCAGAGCUGGAUAGAGUACCUCAGUGGUGAAACUUGGAAUCCCUUGAAACUUCGCUACCAGUUGAAGAAUGUGAGGGAAAGACUAGCAAAGAAUUUGGUCGAGAAAGGUGUGCUCACCACUGAGAAACAAAAUUUCCUGUUGUUUGACAUGACCACACACCCUCUCACAGACAACGUUGCCAAGUCUAGACUUGUUAAAAAGGUUCAAGAUGCAGUGUUGGGCAAGUGGGUGAAUGAUCCUCAUCGCAUGGACAAGCGACUAUUGUCCUUGAUCUUCCUGGCGCAUGCUUCUGAUGUCCUGGAGAAUGCAUUUGCACCUCUCAACGAUGACGACUACGAGCUGGCCAUGAAGCGAGUGCGUGAACUGUUGGACCUGGACUUUGAAGCUGAGAGCAUGAAGUCCAACACCAAUGAAGUGAUUUGGGCUGUUUUUGCUGCAUUUACUAAAUGAAACAACUGACCUGUUGCAGAACUGUCCUAUGCAUUAAAGAUUUGCAGGAAAUUCCCUUAAAGUACUUUUUUGUUUUUCCAAUUGUGACGUUCUAAAAUUGUUAAUGACCAAUUAUUGGUAUGUCUUCUUUGUAUAUAUAUUAGUGGACAAGAUUUUACUGGAAGUACAUUCACUUAUUUGUAUUUAUUUUCAUGCACUCUUCUUCACGUUGUGUUAUGUAUGAUUUUGACAUAAAUUUUAUGGAAAGUCGAUUGAUUUACAAUAUUAGUUGUGCAAAUAAUUUCUUGCUACAUAUUUUAUGAUCAUUUGUGUUUGUAAAAUUCCCAUUUAGUUUGUAUAGAUUAUUGUGAGUGUUUUGUGUACAUAUUAGGAAGAAUGAGGAUGUGUGUGUGUGUGUGUGAUGCUGCAGCACUUGCUACGCACUAGUGCAGUGCUAGAUUUAAUUGCAGUUUGUUUAAAAUGUUUUUGCUGUAUUAUAUUUAGGUUGUAGUUAUAUUUUAUAUAAUUGUAAUAUUGUUUGUAUAAAAAUAAUUUUUAUGAGAUGCCCUCAACAAAUGAUUUUAAAAUUAUAUAUGUAGUAAUGUUGUAUAUUUCCAGGUUAUUAAAGUAUUUUCCAUAAUGAGA